UUUGACAUCUCAAUGACCGAGGUAGACUACCGCAUUACCCAGUAAUAAUCAAGUUUUGGUGUUUGACCUGCAAAAUAUUAUCAAGAAAGAUGGAUAUGGUCGGCCAUAUUGCAGUAGAAAAUAGAUGGACGAAUUAAAAUGCAUAAGAAAGUUUUGAUUUUUAAUAUUAUUUUUAACAGUGAUUUCUGUGAUGUUUACUUUAAAAUGUUAGCAAACAUACAUUCUUAUUGUGGUAAGAAAUGCUUGAGAGCCAGAUACAGUCAUCAAAAGAGCCCUACCUGGCUCCCGAGCCAUAGGUUCCCUACCUCUGAUCUAUGAUGUGGGUGACACAUGGCAUCGACCCCACUACCUGGACCAUGUAAUGGGCACCCCUGAUGUACAAACAUGCAAAUGCCAGUCUGGUAUCCCAACUUCAGCAAUGUCAUAUAUAGCUGGGGGGGUGAAACAUAUUAACCCUAAUUAGGGGUGGACUGGGACAACAAUUAGGACUUGGACUUUUUUGGUUCAGGUUUUUGUUCCUUUGUUGGUAUGUUGGUACGAGUAACAAUAAAUCAGUAAAUAAAUGAAUAACACAACCGUCAAUCGGCCCAUUCUUGAUUGGUCCACCAGGAAAACUCCUGGUACUCCCGAUGACCAGUCCGCCCCUAACUCAACUCUAACCGUAUUACCAGUCCCUAAAACAAACCCUAACCUUAACACCUAUCCUUGAACUCUAAUCCGAACCUAAAUCUAAACACUAACCCUAAACAUAACCCAAAUUUUAACUGACCAAAUUCAUUGAACCAACUUCAACCCUAACUUAUUUUCCCUAAACCUGAUCCUAUCCUAAUAAUUCCCAGCUCUAAGCCAACACUCAACUCAAACCAUAACCCUAACCAAACCUAAUGCUAAGCCUAACCUUAACCGCAAGCCAUAGUCCAAACCCUAGAGCUAAUAUGUAAGCAUCACAAGGAACAGAGUGCUCAUCAAUCAGGCUCAUAUUGAGCAGCAUGUCAAAUGAAGCAGCUGAUCCAUCACUGCCUCAGCGACUGAUCCUUGAAUAGUAAUCACGUCUUCAGCAGCAGGUGAUGUCUUCUGACCAGGACAGUGGAAGCCAUCAUAAAGACCCGUCCCACAGGACCAGCUGCCAAGACCGGGCGCUUCCUGGUAUCAGCAAGGUGGCUAAAGCGUGUCUCCCUGCCGUUGAUGGUGUGUGUUGUCACCAGGCCAAGAAAACCGGGCAAGCGGCUAAGGACGCCGCAGGCCAGCUGACAGCAAGCGACGGCUUCCAACAUCAAUUUCGCCAUCAGAGAAGUGCUACUCGAGAGGGCAGGAAAUUUCAGCCCCGCAGAAAUCUUAAUGCAGCAUGUGGUCUCCAUGGAGACCCUGCCCACAGUUCAAAGACACCGUGCUCCAUCACAAAGCAUCCAGUGCUUGUUCAUGGCGAGAAGACACCUCCUCAGGAACCGCUCACCUCCCAAGUGCCAUUAAGAUUACAGAUUAAAGUGUCCGGCCAGAGGGACUGUCUGGGUAUCAGCAUAGCUGGUGGGAAAGGCUCUUUACCUUAUAAAGACCAUGAUGAGGGUAUUUUUAUUUCCAGAGUGACUGAAGGGGGGCCCUCGGAGAAAGCAGGAGUCCAUGUUGGAGACAGACUACUGGAGGUCAACAGUUUCAGCAUGCAGAGUGUGACCCACCUGGAGGCCGUCAGGGCCUUGAGGAACGCUGGGAGCUGCAUUAAGAUGAAAGUGCUGCGAGAAGCAUCGCACCCGAGGCAAGUCGGACAGUUUGCUGAUGGCACUCAGGAUGCCGAGGAUGCCACGAGCUGGCGGCCGUGCAGCCAGGAUGAUGCCAAAGGCCAGAGGAGCGCACAGCAAAAAAUGGAAGGCAGGGAUGAUUCUUUGCCCCAGAAGAUGGAGGCGGUGGUCUGCAACGGCAAUGGCACUGCCAAUUUGAAGAGUGAUUUGAGGUGGUCUGAGCUGGAGGCACAGGCCUUGAUGAAAAGAAAGGAUUCAAUCCAUGUGGAAAAACACACAAUGACAAUCCCACGGAUAAUCCUCACUCAUCCCUCUACCUCUGAUGAAGAUGGAGAGCUCUUGACGCAUGGUCCCAGUAGAGAAAACCCACACCGCUCAAACAUUCCGGUGAACCGUGUACCUUCAGAAUCUUUUGACAGCGCUUUUUAUCCACCUUGAACGCAUCCAGACUUGAAACUGUUUUGGUUAUUGGUAACAAACUACACAACUGCUGCUAUUAGUAUGAAGUGGCAUUAGUCAUUUGUCAUAUUACUAUAGUAAUAUUUGAUGUUAAGCUGCACAGGCUGCAUAGUAAGAAGAGAUUGCUCCAAAUACAAGCUGUUCCCCGCCACCGUGGUGUAUGCUAUUAAUGGUGUUUUAAUGUUUUACUCAACUGCUUGCACAGAAGACAAAAUGCAUCUUGGAUAAAAUAAAUGCACGGCUGGAAGUCUUUAAUCUCACUCCCACGAUUGAGUGUUUCCUAAGUGCUGACAUCACAUUAAAGG